AUGGCCGAAGAGAAAAAAAAGGAAGACGAUGAGGACGACCGGCUCGAAUUUUUGGUCAACUAUCUCACAAAGUCAUACCGGCUAAAAAUGGAAAAGUGGAACAAAAUGAUGGCAGAUCCGGAAAAUAAUAAAAUCAUAAUGAAUUUUCUGGACAAACCGGACCAAAAGAUGCUGUUACUAACGAUACCGGGGUCCGGCCUUCUGACUCCGUACACGACAUUUAACCCGCAGAUAAAACAGAAGUACUCGUACUUUAUACGAAAAAAGGCCGAAGUAUUGACGAUGGAAAAUUUCCGAGAUGUGGUUGCGUUCGGCGACAUGGCCGGAAAACCGAUCGACGAGUUAGCCGUACUGCUGGAAGGAGUUUUCGCUCCCAUUUUAUCGCAUCCUGGAAAUCAAAAAGGAUGGCCCAAAGUGGUUGCCAAGGACGUGAUGCAACACGUGCAGGAUUUCAGAAACAUUGUUGAGCAGAUUCGAGGUGCCAUGAAAAGCCAAACGGUCUUAACAAUGCCGCCGGAUAUUGGUCGUGUUUUCGGAGCCGUAGAUGAUUAUUUGGCGGAAGAAGAAAACCUGGAUUUGGUGUUGAAAUCCUCCUUCGAAAAUUCGACAUCAAAAUGGCUGAACAUAAUCAACGACGUGCUAAAUCAAUCGCCUGAUUUGGCCUUUGCAAACAACGCUAAACCAACUCCUCGCGUAGAGAUGGAUUUUUGGAACCACCGGAAAAGUAACUUGGACUCAAUUUACGAUCAGCUACGUGAUCCUAGGGUGAAGAAAAUGGCCGAGUACUUACAAAUCACAAAAAGCGUGUACACGAAUUCAUACACCACAAUGUAUAAGAACGUUGUAGCUGCGUACGUUGAAGCCAGAGAUAUUUGUUUGUACUUUCUUCCAUUGGAACCAAUGAUUCAUAAAUUUGAUGAAGAUUUUCUGGACAACAAGCACAAUAUAAAGCCAUUGCUGCACGUGUUGGGUAUGAUUUGGGGCAAUUCAAGAUACUACUGCAGCAGCGAACGCAUGGCGGUUAUGUUGAAAAUGGUUGCGAACAUGUUGAUCGAGGCGUGCAACCGAACACUGGAUCCGGAUUCUUUGUUUCAAGGAGAAUCCGACGAAUCACUUGAAAAAGUUUUUAAAGCCAUUGAUAUUUUUGAGCAUUUCUUGGCUAAUUUUGAAAUCGUUAGAAACAACCUUUUAAGUUAUUUUCCUGAGAAAGAGGAAGGCGAUGAGGAACCAGCACCCCCACCUCCUUCUCCUCCAGCAAAAGGGGUUGAUCCUACAGUAGAAGAGGAGGAGGAGGAGCUAGAACAAGAAGAAACCUUUGAGCCGAAAGGUUGGAACUUUCAUAGGAGAACGGUGUUUCAAAGGCUGAUCGACUAUAAGGAUCGCUUAAAACUUAUCAGUACCGUUUUGAAAACUCAACUGGAGUACAUGAAGCUGGAAAAAGUUGAACUGGGCGGAGUGGGAGGCAGAUAUUUGUCGCAAAAAUGCGAAACCGUCCUGGAAGAGUUUCAAAAGAGUUACCAAGCGUUCAGCAAUAUUCAAUACGAAAUUAUGAACACCGAGGAAAACGACUUUGUUAAAGAUGUCGAAAAGUUUUUUGCUGACAUCGAAGACUACGAUAAUAGGCUGUGCGCUAUUUUUGUGGCCGCUUUCAAGGAUUGCUACAAUUUGGACCAGGUAUUUAGACUGCUCGUGGUUUUAGGGACGUUGGCUGAACGUCCACUAAUCGUCGCCCAAUUGGGCCAACAAUACAUAGGCAUUUUGGAACUAUUUAACAACGAAUUAAAUAACGUAAAGAAAAUCUACGAUGGCGGUAUAGUGAUCGACAAGUAUUAUCCACCUGUUGCUGGCAGUUUGCUGUGGCUGGAUAAAUUGGCAAGACGGAUUGGUAAACCCGGCGAAGAUUUCAAGGCUUUGGAAUUGGAAAUAAUAAAUUCUGAUUAUGCCAAAUACAUUGUUGGGAAGUACGAUGAAAUGAUGGACAUAUUGUACACAGCCCGCGAUCAGAUUUUCAACGAGUGGUUUUCAAAGAUUCCGGACAUAAUCCAAGCUGGAAUGAGCAAACUUCAGCUAAAAAGAGGCCCAAAUGGCACGUUAAUUGUUAACUUUGACAGAGAGCUUAUUUGUGCUUUGAGAGAGGUAAAGUACUUGAAACAUUUGGAUCUUCCACCUUUGCCAGAAGAGGCUGAAAGUUUGUUUAGCCGAUACGAAGAGUUGUUGUAUUCAAGAAUGAAGUAUAAACGAAUUGCUGAAUGGUACAAUUACAUGAAAAUAGAUACUUUGGAUGUGGAAUACAACUUGAUUGAAGAUGAAAUUGAAUCUAUCGAUCGUUUGCUUAGCGAAGCGCUUGAAGUGCUAACCUGGGAAACAAAUGAUAAUACAAAGGUCGACGUAUUUUACGAAACAGUAAAGCAACUGAUGGAUCGAGUGAAGCAGGCUCAAGACCUGGUCGAAGGUGUUGUAACUCGCAUGGACAAUUGGGCUUCGCUUCCGCUAUACGAGAGAAAAGAUCAAAACAAGGAAAACUUGUUAAGUUUAGACGACAGAUACGAACGAUUUCACGCUAGAAAAGAACUGCUUUUGAUAGCAUCGGCGGAGAUGCAAAAAGUCGCGGUGGAAAACUACGUUUUACUUUUAAAUAUACAAGAAGAUUCCGAGGAGGAGGAGGAAGAAGAGGAAGAGGUGCCGCCACCAGAGGAAGAAAAGAAAAAAAAGAAGGGUGGUAAAAAAGGACAGGAAGAAAAAGGCGGUAAAAAGGAAAAAAAAGAAAAGGCAAAAGGAAAGAAAGAAAAAGAAAAGAAGAAAAAAAAGGAAGAAGAAAAAACGCCAGAAGAAGUGGAGCAAGAGGCUGAAGAAUUCGCCAGGCAAGAAGAAGAACAACGAAAAAGAGAAUUAAGAAUUCAACGCUGGGAAGAUUAUUUGGAUUACUUGGAGGAAGAAAUUAUCACCUACCUAAACAAAGCGAUAAACGUAAGUCUGACUGAAUUUCAAAACGAAAUGGGGGACACCGAACCGGUUACUCCAUUCAUGGAAUUGCAAUUGGAAUUACACGAACCCCAUAUAGUUUUUAUACCGUCUGCAAACGUCGAAGAUACCCCAAGUUUAUACACAUUACUCCAAAGCCUGAUGGGCGAUAUGUAUGCGCAGUCUUCAUACAUAUCGCGUAUUCGAGACAAAUCCGAAAACUUCUUGGAACUGAUCGAAGAGUACGACGUCAAUCUCAACAAAUAUAGAGACAUUUUGGAUCGAGCUUCAAAAUCGAUGGAGGAAGCGCUUAAAUUGCUCAGGGAGUUCGACGAGUAUCGGAUACUGUGGUACGAUGAUCGGCAAGAAUAUCUGCGACAAUUUCUGCUGUACUCCAGAGAAUUAACCGAGGAGGAAUUGGAAAUGUUAAAGGACGAAGAUCAAGCGGCCAAUGUCAAAGAAACUCCGCCGACCAUUACGCAGUUCAAGGAGAAAAUCGAUUAUUACGAAGACUUGUACAAGAAAGUGGAAUUGAUUAGGUUGGAUAGGGUUUUGGAUGAUGGUUGGUUGAGAAUCGACUACAAGCCUUUGAGGCAAGCAAUUCUAAAUUGCGUGUGCAAAUGGGGAAAUCUCUUUAAACAGCAUUUGUAUAACCACGUGAUAGACAGCUUAAAAGAACUGGAUGAUUUUAUAAACGAAGCAGUUGCAGCAAUGCAAGUAACUCUAACAGAAGAUGACUACGAUGGUCUUUUGAAAGUUAUGGGCUAUUUGUAUAAAGUGAGAGAAAGACAGGUGGCUACCGACGAAAUGUUUGAACCUUUGAUGGAUAUUAUUAACCUACUCAAGGAGUACAACAUGUAUUUCCCGGAGGAAAUAUUUGUGCAGUUGCAGGAAAUGCCGGAUAAGUGGCAGUAUUGCAAAAAGGUGGCUGCAACUACUAAACAAGCUGUUGCGCCUUUACAAGCAAUGCAAGUGAACGCGAUUAAAAGAAGAAUCAGUUUGUUUGAAAUUAGGCAAACAAUGUACAAAGAUAUGUUUGAAAAGUUGGACUUUUACAAUUGGAAAUGCAAAAACGUUUACAAAUUGUUAGACAAAACAAAUAGAGAAAUCACCGGUUUAGAAGAGGAGCGCGAAAAGAUUCAAGAACAAGCCAACCUGUUUGACUUGGUUCUACAAGAAUUUAAACAACUUAAAUACGUUCGCAAAGAAAUCAAACAAAUAAAACAGUUGUGGGAUUACGUAAACAUGGUCCGUUCUAAUAUAGACGAGUGGAAAACCACUUUAUGGAAGAAAAUAGACGUUGAAGCAAUGGAAAUGGAAUGCAAGAAGUUCGGCAAAGAAAUCCGCCAAAUGGAUAAAGAUGUGAAAGAAUUUGAUGUGUACAUUAACCUUGAAGGGGCAAUCAAGAACAUGCUGACAUCGCUAAGAGCCAUUACGGAGUUGCAGAAUCCCGCCAUCAGAGACAGACACUGGAUACAACUGAUGCAAGCGACUAAGGUUCGUUUCAAGAUGGACGACUCCACGACAUUAAGCGAUCUACUGGAAUUAAAUCUGCACAAUUACGAGGAAGAGGUAAAAACAAUUGUGGACAAAUCAGUUAAGGAAAUGGCGAUGGAGAAAAUCCUUAAGGAAAUAAACGCAAUUUGGUCUGUAAACGAGUUUGACUCUGAAACCCAUGAACGAACUAAAAUCAAAUUAAUUGUUGUUUCUGAAGAAGUGAUCGAAAAUUUGGAGGAACAUCAGGUGGCUUUGCAGAACAUGAUGACGUCAAAGUUUAUAGACUUCUUCUUUGACGAGGUGUCGGAUUGGCAGAGAAAGUUGUCCAUUGCCGAUACGGUCAUUUCGGUUUUUAGCGAAGUCCAAAGAAAAUGGAGAUACUUAGAAAGCAUAUUUAUUGCUUCCGAAGAUAUAAGAAGUCAAUUACCUGAAGAUUCCCGCAGGUUUGAUAAAAUCGAUAGGGAAUUUAAAGAGGUUCUAAACGAAAUGUUGAGAAAUCCCAAAAUCAUAAGUUCGACGAAUGCACCAGGACUCCCCGAUAAAUUGGACAGCUUAUUUAACGAUUUGACGCUGUGCGAAAAAGCCUUAAACGAUUAUUUGGAAACGAAGCGUUUAGUAUUUCCAAGGUUUUACUUCGUAUCGUCGUCCGAUUUGCUGGACAUUCUCUCCAACGGAAACCAACCGGAUUUAAUCCAACGCCAUCUCACUAAACUGUUCGACUCGUUGGCCAAAUUGAAAUUCAUCCAGGAAGGCGGCAAGAAUUCUAAGAGGGCCAACGGAAUGAUAUCCAAGGAAAACGACGAACAUGUCACGUUUACCGUUAUUUGCGAUUGCACCGGCAAAGUGGAGGUCUGGCUGAACCGCGUUAUUGAUACGAUGCGUAUAACUCUGCACGCCACCUUUGCUUCUGCUGUCAAAACUUACGAGGAUAAGCCCAGGGAGGCUUGGAUUUACGAUUAUCCGGCCCAACCGGCCCUCUGUGGAACUCAAAUAGCUUGGACGAGCGAGGUAAAUGUUGCCUUUGCAAAAUUGGAAGAGGGUUACGAAAACGCCCUAAAAGAUUACCAAAGAAAACAAAUAACGCAGCUUUCAAACUUAAUUACUAUGUUACUAGCCGAUUUAUCUGCUGGCGAUCGUCAAAAAAUCAUGACCAUUUGUACGAUUGACGUGCACUCGAGAGAUGUGGUGGCCAAAAUGAUCGUUAUUAAGGUGGAAAACUCGCAAUCGUUUCAGUGGCAAAGCCAGCUGCGUCACAGAUGGGACGAAAAAAUCAAAGAUUGCUUCGCGAACAUCUGCGACGCUCAGUUCAGAUAUUCGUACGAGUAUUUGGGAAAUACGCCGCGUUUAGUCAUCACACCUUUAACCGAUCGUUGCUACAUCACUCUAACGCAGAGUUUACACUUGAUAAUGGGGGGCGCUCCUGCUGGCCCCGCAGGAACAGGCAAAACCGAAACCACGAAGGAUCUCGGCAAAGCGCUCGGGAUGAUGGUGUACGUGUUUAAUUGUUCGGAACAAAUGGACUACAAGUCCAUCGGCAACAUUUACAAGGGAUUGGCGCAGUCCGGCUGCUGGGGAUGUUUCGAUGAAUUCAACAGAAUUUCCAUCGAAGUGUUGUCUGUCGUUGCCGUGCAGGUCAAGAUCAUACAAGAUGCCAUUAAGUACAAGAAGCAGAGGUUUUUCUUCCUGGGACAAGAAAUUGUCUUAAUACCAACUGUGGGAAUAUUUAUAACAAUGAACCCCGGCUACGCAGGCAGGACGGAAUUACCGGAAAACUUAAAGGCGCUGUUCAGACCGUGCGCGAUGGUGGUGCCUGAUUUCGCGCUGAUUUGCGAAAUUAUGUUGGUUGCUGAAGGCUUCUUGGACGCAAGGGUGUUGGCGACGAAAUUCAUUACUCUCUACACGCUCUGUAAAGAGUUGUUGAGCAAACAGGAUCAUUACGAUUGGGGUUUGAGAGCCAUAAAAUCCGUAUUGGUAGUGGCCGGUUCGUUAAAACGUGGCGACAGGCAGAGACCGGAAGACCAGGUGCUCAUGAGGGCGCUGAGGGAUUUUAACAUUCCCAAGAUUGUUACCGACGAUGUUCCGGUGUUUAUGGGUUUGAUAGGCGAUCUAUUUCCAGCUUUAGACGUACCUAGAAAAAGAAAUCCAGAAUUUGAAAAAACAAUAAGAAAAUCCGCCGUUGAUUUAAAGUUGCAACCGGAAGACGGAUUCGUUUUGAAGAUUGUACAAUUGGAGGAGUUGUUUGCUGUGAGGCAUUCCGUGUUCGUGAUAGGCUUUACGGGCACCGGCAAAUCCAUGGUGUGGAAAACGCUGAACAGAACUUACCAAAACCAAAAACGUCGUCCUGUUUAUAAUGAUUUAAAUCCCAAAGCAGUGACAAACGACGAGUUGUUUGGCGUUAUAAAUCCUGCAACGAGAGAGUGGAAGGACGGACUUUUUUCCGUGAUAAUGAGAGACCAAACGAAUAUCCCUGGCGACGGUCCGAAAUGGAUCGUUUUGGAUGGUGAUAUUGACCCCAUGUGGAUCGAGUCCCUUAACACUCUCAUGGACGAUAAUAAAGUUUUAACUUUGGCGAGUAACGAACGCAUUGCCUUAACGCAUUCGAUGAGGUUGCUUUUCGAAAUCGCCAACUUAAGAACGGCAACACCAGCCACUGUAUCAAGGGCCGGUAUUUUGUACAUUAACCCUGCCGAUUUGGGUUGGAAUCCAUACAUAGCUUCAUGGAUCGAAACGAGAAUGAUUCAAAGCGAGAAGGCCACUUUGAUGAUUUUAUUUGACAAAUACAUACCUCAAUGUUUGGAUGCUAUAAAGAAGAAAUUCAAGAAAAUUACGCCCGUAUCGGAUAUUGCGCAUUUGGAAAUGCUUUGCCAUUUACUGGAUUGCUUUUUGAUUCCGCAAAACGUGCCGAACGAUUGCCCGAAAGACUGGUACGAGAUUUACUUUGUGUUCUCCAUAGUUUGGGCUUUCGGAUCGACCUUGUUCCAAGAUCAAAUAGUCGAUUGGCGAAACGAGUUCAGCAAAUGGUUUACCAACGAAUUUAAAACGGUUAAAUUCCCGGUAGGCGGCACUGUGUUUAACUAUUACAUCGACGAUGAAACCAAAAAAUUUAUGCCGUGGACAGACCUGGUACAACCGUUCGAGUUGGAUAUGGACAUUCCUUUGCAAGCCACUUUAGUUAGCACCGCGGAAACCACAAGAAUACGAUUUUUCCUAGACCGCUUGAUGGGCAAAAGGGUGCCUGUCAUGUUGAUUGGACCGGCCGGAAGCGGGAAAACCGUUAUAAUGCAGGAAAAAUUGAACAGCCUGUCUGACGAUUACGCUGUUACCAACGUACCUUUCAACUUUUACACAACUUCGGAAAUGUUGCAAAGCAUAUUGGAAAAACCAUUGGAGAAGAAAGCUGGCCGCGUGUUCGGUCCGACCGGUAACAAAGUGAUGAUUUACUUUGUGGACGACAUGAAUAUGCCCGAAGUUGAUAAAUAUUUUACCGUGCAACCUCACACUUUGCUCAAACAAUACAUGGACUACCAACAUUGGUACGAUCGUCAGAAAUUGUCUCUAAAAGACAUUCACAACAUUCAAUUUAUAUCCUGUAUGAAUCCUACGGCAGGUUCUUUUACAAUUGACCCUCGACUUCAGAGACACUUUUGCUCGUUUGCAGUCAGCUUCCCAUUGCCAGAAGCCGCUUAUCACAUCUACUACAACAUUCUGUCGCAACACUUGGAAAACCCUGCCAUGAAAUUCCCCCAUAGUCUAUUAAAAAUAUGCCCUAUGCUUGUAGCCGCCGCUCAAACUCUCCACGCUAAGGUCGCGUCUUCCUUUUUACCAACCGCAGUCAAAUUUCACUACACCUUUACGCUGCGCGAUCUGUCGAACAUAUUCCAAGGUAUGCUGUUUGCGAACGGCGUCGCGAUCCUCAAUCAAAGCGAAUUAAUUCGGUUGUGGAUGCACGAAGCUAGUCGCGUUUACGGCGACAAAUUGGUCGAACCAAUUGAUCAGAAAACGUUCGACAAACUUCUACAGGAAACUGUUAAGAAGGGUUUCGAAGAGUUGGAUGAUAAUGCGGUGUUUGAGGAACCGCUGAUCUUCUGUCAUUUUUCGCUUGGUAUAGGAGAUCCCAAAUACUUUCCCAUGUCAGAUCAGGCUCACUUAAACAAAUUAUUAUUGGAGGCUUUGAGUGGUUAUAACGAUUUGGUUGCCGCUAUGAAUUUGGUAUUGUUCGAUGAUGCCAUGGAUCAUAUUUGUAGAAUUAAUAGAAUUUUGGAGUCGCCUAGAGGUAAUGCUUUACUGGUUGGGGUAGGAGGUUCUGGAAAGCAAUCUUUAACAAGAUUAGCCGCAUUUAUAUCUUCUUUCGAUGUAUUCCAAAUACAAUUGAAAAAAGGAUAUUCCUUGAUGGAUAUGAAAACAGAUAUAGCUGCUUUGUAUUUGAAAUCAGGACUAAAGCAAGUUGGUAUUGUGUUUUUAAUGUCGGAUGCGCAAGUGCCGGAAGAAAAGUUCUUGGUGCUUAUCAACGACAUGUUGGCAUCGGGCGAAAUAAGCGACCUUCUUCCGGACGAGAACGUUGAAAACGUAAUAAACGCAGUGCGAGGGGAGGUGAAAGGCAUCGGUCUUCCGGACACCCGCGAAAAUUGUUGGAGGUUCUUCAUCGACCGCGUUAGAAGGCUUCUCAAAGUGGUGUUAUGUUUCUCGCCGGUCGGAUCAACUUUAAGAGUGCGAGCGAGAAAAUUCCCAGCUCUGGUUAAUUGCACUUCGAUCGAUUGGUUUCACGAAUGGCCCAAAGUUGCUCUCGAAUCCGUAUCGAAGAGGUUUUUGGGCGAAAUCGAGGUGCUCCCUCAGGAGUACGUCGAAUCCAUAUCGAUAUACAUGUCUACCGUGCACACUUCGGUCAACGAAAUGUCCCAGGUGUAUUUUUUAAAUGAGAAGCGUUACAAUUACACCACUCCAAAAUCGUUUUUAGAACAAAUCGCUUUAUAUUCGAAACUCCUCACUGACAAAACCAACAUAAUAUUGCACAACAUUUAUCGGCUCGAAAAUGGUCUGGAAAAAAUAUCUAGCGCAAAAGAAGAGGUGGAUUCUUUGAAGGAUGUACUGGCAGUGCAAGAAGUGGAACUGGAUAAAAAGAAUGAAGCUGCUGGUAAACUGAUUGCAGUUCUAAGCGCCGAAAAUGAAAAAGUGGCUGCGGAACAAGCGAUAGCAGCUGAAGAAGAAGCAAAAGUAAAGGUAAUCGAAGAAGAUGUAACGGUUAAAGCCAAAAUAUGCGCCGAAGACUUGGAGAAAGCCGAACCUGCUCUUAUAGCUGCACAAGCAGCAUUAAACACUCUUAAUAAGAAUAACCUGACUGAAAUGAAAUCAUUCCCGAAUCCACCCGAAGCUGUGGUGGAUGUUUGUUCGGCCGUUGUCGUCUUGUUUUCUCCUAAAGGAAGAGUUGCCAAAGAUCGAAGCUGGAAAGCUGCGAAACAAUUAAUGGGACGAAUUGAUACUUUCCUUGACAACUUAAUCAACUACGAUAAGGAAAAUAUGAGUGCCGAUGUUGUAAAGGCCGUAUACGAGUAUACAAAAAGUCCGGAGUUUGAUCCGGAAAAAAUUCGAACCAAAUCUUCGGCCGCGGCGGGAUUGUGCUCUUGGGUUAUAAACAUUCUUAAAUUCUACGAUGUUUUUGUCGUUGUGGAGCCUAAACGAAAGGCUUUGCAAAAGGCUAAUCAAGAUUUGAGCGACGCUCGUAAAAAACUAGCGGACUUGAACCAAAAAUUGACGGAAUUAGAAAACAAACUGGCCAUUUUAAGGGCAGAAUUCGACACGGCUAUCGAUGCCAAGCUAAAAUGCCAAGCGGAAGCCGACGCCACGGCGCUGAGUAUCGAUUUGGCCAACAGAUUGGUCAACGGUUUGGCCUCUGAAAAUGUAAGAUGGCGGGAAUUAGUCUUGACUUAUAAGGAGAACAUCAAAACACUACCCGGCGAUUGCCUGAUUGUAACCUCCUUUAUUUCGUACGUGGGUUGUUUCUCAAAGAAGUACAGAACAGACUUGAUGGUUAAGUCGUGGCUGCCGACGCUAAAAACCUUACCGUUGACCAUACCGAUGUCGGAAACGGUGGAUCCUUUGAUGCUUUUAACAGACGACGCUCUGAUAGCGGAAUGGAAUAACCAGGGACUUCCGACCGACAGAAUGUCUGCUGAAAACGCCUGCAUUUUGGUGAACUCGUCUAGAUGGCCUCUGAUGAUCGAUCCGCAACUUCAAGGCAUUAAAUGGAUCAAAAAUAGAUACGGGGAAGCGUUAAAAGUGGUCAGAACAACGUUUAAGAACUAUCUGGAUAUCAUCGAGACGUGCAUAGCUGAAGGUCAUACGUGCUUGUUGGAGAAUAUAGGAGAAACGCUGGAGGCGGUGCUAGAUCCUUUGUUGGGUCGCGUGUUGAUUAAAAAAGGAAAGUGCAUUAAAAUUGGAGAUAAGGAAAUCGAUUAUCAUCCAGAUUUUAGAUUAAUUAUGCAUACAAAGUUAGCCAAUCCUCACUAUAAGCCUGAAAUACAGGCACAAACAACGAUUAUCAACUUUACGGUAACCAGGGAUGGUUUGGAAGAUCAAUUGUUAGCUGAAGUAGUUAAAGCUGAAAGACCGGAUUUAGAAGAGUUAAAAUCUUCUUUAACAAAGCAGCAAAACGAAUUUAAAAUAACUUUGAAGCGUUGCGAGGACAAUUUGCUAAACAAGCUAUCAUCAGCCACUGGUAACAUAUUGGGCGACGUCGAGUUGGUGGAAAAUUUGGAAACCACCAAACGAACCUCGAGCGAAAUUAAGGAAAAAGUUGACGAAGCCAAAAUAACGUCGGUUAAAAUUGACGAGGCCCGCGAGCAGUACAGACCAUGCUCGUGCCGAGCCUCCAUCUUGUAUUUCGUUUUGAACGAUUUAUGUCGCAUUAACGCAAUUUAUCAGUUCUCGUUGCAAGCGUUUAGUGUGGUGUUUAAAGACGCAUUGGCGCGAGCCGAACCCGCCGAAAAACUUAAAGAUAGAGUGACGAAUUUAUUGGAUAGCAUCACUUUUAUGGUGUACAUGUACACGUCUCGCGGCCUCUUCGAGAGGGAUAAAUUGAUAUUUAAAGCCCAAGUUAUGUUUCAAAUUUUGUUGAAUGCGGAAGAAAUAAAUCCGGAGGAGUUGGAUUUUUUAUUAAGAUUCCCCGUUAUUGGUGGCAUGGUUUCGCCUGUUGAUUUUCUAAAUAACACAUCGUGGGGUGGAAUUAAAGCGUUAUCAUUGCUUGACGAAUUUAAAAAUUUGGACAAGGAUAUAGAAGGUGCAGCGAAACGAUGGAGGAAAUUAACUGACAGCGAAUGCCCGGAAAAGGAAAAGUUUCCAGGGGAGUGGAAGAACAAAAACACACUGCAAAAAUUGUGCAUAAUGCGAGGUUUGCGACAAGACAGAAUGACGUAUGCGAUGAAUGCGUUUAUUGAAGAAAAAAUGGGUAUUAAAUACAUUACAGCAAGAAGCGUGCCGUUUGAAAAGUCUUACGAAGAAACGAGCGCGAGUAUUCCGGUGUUUUUCGUUUUGUCUCCCGGCGUGAAUCCUUUGAAAGACGUUGAAAAACUCGGUCAAAAAUUGGGAUUCACUUUUGACAACAACAACUUUCACAGUAUCUCCCUUGGUCAGGGCCAAGAAAUCGUAGCCGAAAAUGCUAUGGAUAUGGCUGCGGAACAAGGCCAGUGGGUCAUUUUGCAAAAUAUUCAUUUGGUCGUCAGGUGGUUGGCAACAUUAGAGAAGAAAAUGGAGCAAUGCGCCAGCGGACAUCGCAGUUACAGGUUGUAUCUUAGCGCGGAACCUAAUGCUAACCCCAUGGAAUGCGUUAUCCCGCAAGGAAUAUUGGAAUGUUGCAUUAAAAUAAUAAACGAACCACCCACCGGCAUGUUUGCCAAUUUGCACAAAGCCUUGGACAAUUUUAACCAGGAAACUUUGGAGAUGAGCUCUAAAGAAUCAGAAUUUAAGGCCAUUCUGUUUGCUUUGUGUUAUUUUCAUGCUGUUGUUGCCGAACGAAGAAAAUUUGGACCGCAAGGCUGGAACAGGAAUUAUCCAUUCAACAUCGGAGAUUUGUCUAUAAGCGUUAAUGUGCUUUACAAUUAUUUGGAAAAUAAUAAUAGGGUUCCAUGGGAAGACUUAAGAUACUUAUUUGGCGAAAUAAUGUACGGAGGUCACAUCACCGACGACUGGGACAGACGAUUGUGCCGCAACUACUUAAUGGAAUACAUGAAAGCGGAAUUAAUCGAAGGCGAUAUGUUUUACGCUCCCGGAUUUAUGGCGCCCCCCAAUACCGAUUACGUAGGCUACCACCGAUACAUCGACGACCGUUUGCCACCUGAAAGUCCCUACUUGUACGGCUUGCAUCCAAAUGCCGAGAUCGGAUUUCUAUCGAACAUCAGCGAACAAAUGUUUCGAACGAUUUUCGAGAUGCAACCGAGAGAUGCUGGAGUUUCUGCGGGCGGUGGAAUGUCGCACGAAGACAAAGUUCGCGGCGUGAUUGAGGACAUAAUCGACAAAUUAGGGGAACGGUUUCGCGUAAGAGAAAUGAUGGCCAAAGUUGAAGACAGAACUCCUUAUAUUAUUGUCGCCUUUCAAGAAUGCGAACGAAUGAAUAACUUAACAGCCGAACUGAGAAGGUCCCUCACUGAGCUUGAGCUCGGAUUGAAAGGUGAAUUAACUAUUACUUCAGAAAUGGAGGGUUUGGAUGCAGAGCUGUUUAUGGACGUGGUCCCUGUGUCAUGGGCCAAUAAGGCAUACCCAUCGCUGUUACCUUUGGGUCAAUGGGUGGCCGAUCUGACGCUGCGAAUAAAAGAGCUUGAAAAUUGGGUGAUGGACUUUUCGAUGCCGGCCGCUGUAUGGUUGGGUGGAUUUUUUAAUCCGCAAUCCUUUUUGACUGCCAUCAUGCAGCAAACUGCCCGUAAAAACGAAUGGCCCUUGGAUAAGAUGUGUCUGAUGACGGACGUUACGAAGAAACAAAAAGAGGAUUUUACCUCGGCUCCUAGGGAAGGUGCUUACGUAUGCGGACUCUUUAUGGAAGGUGCAAGGUGGGACACACAGCUGAACAGCAUUGCAGAUUCAAUAUUAAAGGAGCUGUUCCCUGUAGUGCCGGUCGUUUAUAUAAAGGCCAUAACGUCCGACAAACAAGAUACGAAGAAUAUGUACGACUGUCCAGUGUACAAAACAAGAAUGCGAGGUCCGACAUUUGUAUGGACAUUUAUGCUGAAAACGAAGGAGAAAGCGUCGAAAUGGACUUUGGGCGGAGUGGCCAUACUAUUACAGAUAUAG